AGCAUGCAGUGUGAAGAAUACAUCGAUGCCAAAAGAGAGAUGCAUAUGAAUUGGAUGAGGUAUGUGAAUUGUGCCCGUAAUGAUGAAGAACAGAACCUUGUGGCAUUUGAGUAUCGAGGGGGAAUUCUGUAUCGUUGCUGUCGACCCAUUAACCCAGGACAUGAGCUCUUGGUGUGGUAUGAAGAGGAGUACACCAAAGAACUCAGUCCUGCACCAACAAGAACAACCAGACAGCAAGAAGUAAAGAAGCAAGUCUUUUCCUGCUUCACAUGUCCUCGUUCCUAUGCAUCUCAAAUUUACCUUGACACAAACAUCCAGAGAUGCCACUCUGAAGAGUAUGUCAGAGUUUGGGAAUCGGGAGAGAUUAAAUAUGACCUUCAGUUCUCCUCCAAAUGCUUCAGUAGUCAGCCAACAUCAGAUGAUGCUCUCAGUUCUAACAUUUCUCCUAAUGAUGUACAGAAGGAAAUUCACCACUGCUCAGACUGUGGGAAGAGUUUUGGUCAUCAGAAUGCAUUCAAGACACACCAGCACAUUCACAGAGGAGAGAAGCCGUAUCACUGCUCACAGUGUGGGAAGAGUUUUACUCAUCAGAGAGAUCUCCAACAACACCAGCGCAUUCACACAGGAGAGAAACCGUAUCACUGCUCACAGUGUGGGAAGAGUUUUACUCAUCAGAGUACUCUCCAAACACACCAACGCAUUCACACAGGAGAGAAGCCGUACCACUGCUCACAGUGUGGGAAGAGUUUUACUCAUCAGAGUAAUCUCCAAAAACACCAGCGCAUUCACACAGGAGAGAAGCCGUAUCACUGCUCAGACUGUGGGAAGAGUUUUACUCAUCAGAGUACUCUCCAAACACACCAGCGCAUUCACACAGGAGAGAAGCCGUAUCACUGCUCACAAUGUGGGAAGAGUUUUACUCAGCAGAGUCAUCUCCAACGACACCAGCGCAUUCACACAGGAGAGAAGCCGUAUCACUGCUCACAGUGUGGGAAGAGUUUUACUCAGCAGAGUCAUCUCCAACAACACCAGCGCAUUCACACAGGAGAGAAGCUGCAUCACUGCUCACAGUGUGGGGAGAGUUUUAUUCAGCAGAGUCAUCUCCAACGACACCAGCGCAUUCACACAGGAGAGAAGCUGAAUCACUGAUCACAGUGUGGAAAGAUGUUUACUUCUCAUCUCAUCUCAUUAUCUCUAGCCGCUUUAUCCUCUUCUACAGGGUCGCAGGCAAGCUGGAUCCUAUCCCAGCUGACUACGGGUGAAAGGCGGGGUACACCCUGGACAAGUCGCCAGGUCAUCACAGGGCUGACACA